AUGUUUCUUGUUUUUGUCUUUCUUCUCCAAUUGUGUUUCUUUUUUCACAUUGGUUUUUCAUCUCAUUGCACCACGGAAACAUCUACUAAAACUUUUCAAAAAUGUAUGAACCUUCCUACUCAACAGGCUUCUAUAGCAUGGACUUUCUACCCUCAUAACUCUACUUUAGAAGUAGUUUUCUUUGGAACUUUCAUUUCGCCUUCUGGGUGGGUUGGAUGGGGGAUCAACCCCACUUCACCUGAGAUGACGGGAACUCGUGCUUUAAUAGCCUUUUCCGACCCAAACACAGGCCAAAUAGUUUUACUCCCUUACAUUCUAGACCCGAAUGUGAAGUUACAGAAAUCUCCAUUACUCUCUCGACCUUUGGACAUCCGCCUUGUCUCUUCCACUGCAGCCAUGUAUGGUGGCAAAAUGGCCACCAUACACAAUGGUGCUGCCAUCCAAAUCUACGCCACAAUCAAACUUGAAUUAAACAAAACCAAAAUCCACCUUGUUUGGAACCGAGGACUUUAUGUUCAAGGCUACUCGCCUACUAUUCAUCCAACAACAUCCACUGACCUCUCUUCCAUUGCCACCUUUGAUGUGUUGUCGGGUUCGUCCGCUCCUCAACACACAGACCUCACAAUGCUUAGAGUAAUUCACGGCACCAUGAAUGCCAUCUCUUGGGGUAUUCUCUUGCCGAUGGGAGCCAUAACUGCACGUUACUUUAGGCCCAUUCAAGCACUAGGUCCUGCAUGGUUCUAUGCUCAUGCAGGAAUACAAUUGUUUGCUUUCAUUCUUGGAACUGUGGGAUUCGCCAUUGGCAUUCGCCUUGGGCAAUUGUCUCCGGGAGUAGAGUACAAGCUCCAUAGGAAGCUUGGAAUCGCUGUGUUUUGCCUUGGAGCUUUGCAGACUUUGGCACUGUUGUUUAGGCCAGACACUAGGAACAAGUUCAGGAAGUAUUGGAAAUCGUACCACCACUUUGUUGGGUACUCUUGUGUCGUGCUUGGAUUUGUGAAUGUGUUUCAGGGAUUUGAAGUGAUGGGGGCCAGUAGGUCCUAUGCCAAGUUGAGUUAUUGUUUGGGACUUUCUACUCUGAUUGGUGUUUCUAUAGCUUUGGAGGUGAACUCUUGGGUGGUGUUCUGUAGGAAAUCUAAGGAAGAGAAAAUGAGGAGAGAGGGACUUAUUGGAACUUCUGACAAAGGGAGUAGUGGCAUCCACACUUGA